GCUAGCUCUCGCACGCUGUAAUACCCAAACUAAGCAGCUAGCCGGUCAUACAAUUCAACACCAGCUCUCACCUCAGAGGACAGCUAGUGUUAGCGAGGCGCUCCGGAGUUUAGCAGCCGACAAAAAAACGCAGCAAAGAUGUCUAAAGACAUGGAAGGGAAGAGCGAGAAAAUCAUGGAUUUGGAGAGCAAGGUGUUGUGGUACCCGGACUCCAAGAAGAACACACAGAUGGAUAAAUUCAGGAUACAGGUCAACGGGGACUAUGGACUUAAUCUGGUUAACUACAAUGACCUGUACCAGUGGUCGGUGGACAGCUAUGCAGAGUUCUGGGCAGAGGUGUGGCGCUUCUGUGGAGUAGUCAGCUCCAAAACAUUCGAAGAGGUAGUAGAUGUAUCCAAACGGAUCUCAGAUGUCCCAGAGUGGUUUAAAGGGGCUCGGCUCAACUACGCAGAGAACCUGCUCAAACAUCCACACCAGGAUAAAGUGGCCCUCUAUGCUGCAACUGAGGCAAAUGACGAGAUUGUGAAGGUGACGUACGGGGAGCUGAGGCGUGAUGUGGCGCUGUUUGCUGCAGCCAUGAGGAAGAUGGGAGUCCAGACAGGAGACAGGGUUGGCGUCCUUGACAGGUUUUCUCAAAUCCAGCCAAAACUGAUCUUCUCUGUUGCGGGCGUGGUUUACAACGGCAAAACACAUGACCACAUGGAAAAGCUGACCAGUGUUGUCAAAGGUCUGCCUGACUUGAAGAAGGUAGUGGUGAUUCCCUAUGCUCGCUCCAAACACGAGACAAACCUCUCCAAGAUCCCCAAUAGUGUAUUUAUAGAUGAUUUCCUAGCCACUGGGCGUGGUGAGGGUGACCAGUUUCCUCAGCUGGAGUUCGAGCAGCUUCCAUUUAAUCAUCCUAUGUUCAUCAUGUACUCCUCUGGAACCACAGGAGCUCCCAAAUGUAUGGUCCACUCUGCUGGGGGCACGCUCAUCCAACAUUUGAAAGAACACAUUCUCCAUGGCAAUAUGACCAGCAGUGAUGUCAUCAUUUACUACACCACGACUGGCUGGAUGAUGUGGAAUUGGCUGGUGUCUGCUCUGGCAGUGGGAGCUUCAGUGGUUUUAUAUGAUGGUUCACCACUAAUGCCCACACCCAAUGUACUGUGGAACCUGACAGACCAGCUGGGCAUCACUAUCUUUGGUACCGGGGCCAAGUGGCUGUCAGUGCUGCAGGAGAGGAACCUGAAACCCGGGGAAACACACAACCUCCAGUCUCUCCACACCAUCCUGUCUACUGGUUCUCCUCUCAAACCCAUGAGCUACGACUACGUCUACCGAUGCAUCAAGAGUAACGUGCUGCUGGGCUCCAUCUCAGGCGGCACUGACAUAGUGUCAUGUUUUAUGGGUCAGAACCCAGCAGUUCCAGUGUAUCGGGGUGAGAUCCAAACAAGAAAUCUUGGCAUGGCUGUGGAAGCGUGGGACACUGAUGGUAAGCCUGUAUGGGCAGAGAGCGGGGAGCUGGUCUGCUUGAAGCCAAUCCCCUGCCAGCCUACACACUUCUGGAAUGACGAGAAUGGGAGCAAAUACCAUAAAGCAUACUUUUCUACAUUUCCUGGUGUGUGGGCCCACGGAGACUACUGUAAAAUCAACCCAAAGACUGGAGGCAUUGUCAUGCAGGGCAGAAGUGACGGGACGUUGAACCCCAAUGGAGUCCGUUUUGGCAGCUCGGAGAUCUACAACAUUGUGGAGGCGUUCGAGGAAGUGUCAGACAGUCUUUGUGUUCCUCAGUACAACGCUGAUGGAGAAGAGCGAGUUAUUCUGUUUUUAAAGAUGGCACCUGGAAAGCCCUUCAGCCAGGAGUUGGUGGCAAAGAUUAAAGGAGCCAUUAGAAAAGCUCUGUCUGCCCGACACGUACCUGCCCUGCUGCUGGAGACCAGAGACAUUCCUUACACCAUCAGCGGGAAGAAGGUGGAGGUGGCUGUGAAACAAGUGGUCGCUGGUCGGGAGGUGCUGCAAAGAGGAGCUUUCUCCAAUCCUGAUUCACUUGACCUCUACAAGAACAUUCCUGAACUGCAAAACUACUAAAGAGGGAGAAAGAACAAAAGAGAACCACUUGAUAAGAAUUCAGACUAGUUUUUAAAUGAACUUUUUAUUCAAAUAUACUGGUACAGGGAGAUGUGCAAAUAGCAUUACAUGUGCUGUUCUCAGAAGUACCUUCAGCUUUGUACAAGGCAAAAAAGAGGAAACACAUCUGUAGUCAAAAUAAUACAAAAAUGACAUGAAAAAUAUGUAUGUAUAUAAUAACAAUAAGUCUAUGGUAUCAAGCAGACCAGACACUUUAAACACAUGAGCUCUGUUCCAUAGGCCAGCUUGCAGUGUGUGAUGAAGCAGCUGCUAAAAUGUUGUGAACGUAAAUGUGAACUGGAUUAAUCUUUUGGAUGUAACAUUAUGUUGCGCAGCAGUUCUUUUGAAUACAACACUGCCAACGGAAAAGUGAAAUUUAGCAUCAAGCGCUUUGCUUUGGGUUCAGUCUGAUUGCUAUCAACUAGUGAAGAACCAUAUCUCUCUGUGUCACCCAAAAAUCCAUGGAAGUGUGCUGAUAAACACACACAAAGAUUGGGGAUGAACACCUCAGCUCAUAUCACCAUAUCAUUGCUAUAUGGUGUGUACUGCUUUAUUAAAUGUAUAUAAAUAUGAACAUAUAUAUAUUUUUUGGACUGUGGAAUUGCAUUAGCAUUAUGCAUUUAAAGAUAUUGACCCAAACCUGUUAACCAAAGUAAGUCACAGAUUUUAGUUGUAACUUAUUAGGAGAUUGGUCAAAAUGAGCCGUGGAUGAAACUAAACUUAUUGAACUUUUGUCCUAACCUGAAAAAGCUAAUGAUCUCUUAUGAUUUUUUGACCGUUGGUUCAAUUUCAUUCCGCCCAACACAUCAAGGCAUGAACUGAUGUAAUGUCAUUUCUCUUCAAGGGAAUGUUUUUUUGCUCACAUUUGCUCAUUCCUUAUUAAUCAAGCAAUUGUAUGAAUAAGUCAGUCAAGAUCAAGAUUGUGAUUUGAAAGUGAGCAAAUGUUCAUUUCACCUCAAAAGCCUGUAUUUAUUAGUUCUAUAUCUAUGUUCCAUGUUUGUCAAAGUGUUCUCUUUAAAUAGCUGCAGUAUCGCUUUGUACAUUUAAAAAGUUGAACAGGCUGAAGGCAAAUUAAUGCAAUUAAAGAUGAACUGCAGUGUUUUUGCUCAAUCGUAGCACUAUUGAGCAAAAUGGGAACAAUAACACGAACAAAAGACGCAUGUUGGGAUAGAAAAGAUCAGAUCAAGUCUGUGAAAGAUAUCAGUGAAGCAUUUGAUCUUCUGGGAAAGUUGGAGAAAGAUUUUCAUACUAAUGUAGCCUUUUUUUCUUACUGGACUUCUGUGUUGUAUUUGAUUCUGUUUAAUUUCCUUUUGAUUCAAUCUCUGUCAGUUGUUUCCGUUACGAUAAUAUCAGACAUUGUUUAAAACUAUGAAUGUAAAUAAAUCACCGGGAAAACUCUGGAGUUCAUCUUUAAUGUAAAAGUCACUGCUUAUAUUGGAGUGAAUUUCCUCCUUAAAGGUACCCUGUGGAGUUUUAGACCAAUAUGGAGCAAUGUUUUGAUGAGUGGGUCCCUGUUUUUUUUGCGACUCCUAUUUCAACACUUUUUGGUGAGAAACACUGAAUGUAAACAGAACUUUGUUGUUUAGACGAAAACUCCACAGGGUACCUUUAUAGACCGAAGUCUCAAAGAUGCACAGGUUUUUUCUCAUCAUUGUACAUUUCACUUUAGUACUGUAAAUGCGAUAUUGUUCAUUGUGAUGCUGGUGAACUUUGGUAUAUCUGCCAUUCCAUUCUGUAGCAUGCAUGGAGAUUAUGCAGAUUUUUUCUUGCACCAAACUUGUCUUCUAUAAGGCUGAUGGUUUGAAAACAAAGUUCUUGGGUUUAUCACAUGUCAAAAAAACAAAAACAAAAAAAUCUGUUGAUUCUGUAAGGUACUUCUCAAGUAAAUCUACCAUUUCAUUUA